AUGGACACGUCUACUACAGUACAUGCCUCUCUGACAUUCUCCCCCUUAGACGUUAAUGCAGCUGUAGAGUUCGUCACCAAAGCCAGCAGUGGCCGAGCUGGGGGUAUUAGUACUUUCGUUGGAGUCACUCGACAGGAUCAAGAGAGUGAUGGAGCAGUGGAAUACUUAGUGUAUGAGGCGCAUGAAGGGAUGGCUAGGAACAAGAUGUUGCAGAUAAUCACAACUCUAGCCGAUCGUACGAGUCCAGCUGGGAAGAUUACCAAUGGUGAUCUUCCCAUGGUAAUUUACCAUCGGAGCUCCAAGUUACCUAAUGGCUUGGUUGCUCAUGGUGUUAUUGCAGCGAUGGACCUUGUUGGAUUGUGA